AUGUACGCAAAUCUAACUUAUGAGCAACAAUAGAGAAUUGCACUAGAACAGUUGAACCAAAGCAAUAUGACUCAAGGUGAUCCCAACAAUCAAAGUUAAAAUCAGAAGCAAAUAUACACCUAUUAGACUGACUUCAGUCUCUAUGCUAUUAACUUCAGCAAUAAACCAAACAGAGAUCUGAGAUUGGCUCUUGGCUCUUUCAUAGAAGAUACCUAAAAUAAGAUCGAGAUCAUAAAGUUGAAUGAAGAUAAGGGAGAUUUCGAAACUUGUUCGACCUUCGAACAUGAAUACCCGCCAACAAAGAUCAUGUGGAUUCCUGAUACUGCUGGCUCAAGUGCAGACUUAAUGGCUACUUCUGGGGAAUACCUGAGAAUUUAUGAAGUCGGAGAAGACUCGAAAAGAGUUAAGCUAAAGAGCAAAUUAGUAAAUGCCAAGCAUUCUGAGUACUGUGCACCACUGACUAGCUUUGACUGGAAUCAGAAAAAUAUGAGGAUAAUAGGAACUUCAAGUAUCGAUACCACUUGCACGAUUUGGGACAUUGAAAAGGAGUAAGUUCAAACUUAGCUGAUUGCUCACGACAAAGCAGUCUACGACAUAUGCUUCGCUCAAGAUGAAAACAUGUUUGCAUCGGCAGGAGAGGACGGAUCUGCUAGACACUUCGACCUAAGAGAUCUAGAGCAUUCAACAAUCAUCUAUGAAUCAGAUAAUCCUUCACCCUUGCUAAGAGUGGCUUGGAAUAAGCAAGAUCCAAAUUACUUGGCAACAAUUAUGAUGGACAGACGUGAAGUCAUCAUUCUAGAUAUAAGAAUCCCUAUGCUUCCAGUUGCCCAGUUAUCAGGACAUAGAGGUUCAGUUAACUCUAUUUCUUGGGCUCCCCACUCUCCAUGUCAUAUCUGUUCAGCUGGAGAUGACUCUUAAGCUUUAAUAUGGGAUCUUACAAAGAUACCAAAUCAAAUCGAAGAGCCAAUUUUAGCUUAUGCAGCGGAUGGGGAGGUAAACAUGCUUUAAUGGUCCCUAUCUCAUAAUUAGUGGGUAGCCAUCUCCUUUGAUAAUAAAAUUCAGAUUCUUAGAGUUUGA